AUGGAAAGCAAAGGCGGAUACACUGAUCCCAACAUGCGGCGGUGCUGGGACUACGACUUCCGAUGGACGCCGCAUCAUCUCACCGCAGAUCAGAUGGAGCCUCUUCGUCACCAGAUGGAUUCUCUAGCAAGCGACUGCGUAGAACCGUUGAGUGAGUUGGCAGCUGCUGCUGCGGAAAAGGCGGAAGGGGCCACUAUAUCUGACACAUCCGAGAAGCAACCAUCAACAGGAAAGCCUGAUUUGUUGAAAACAGACAUGUAUGCAUUAUUACGGGAUAAUCAUAGCAAGAAUAAAGCACUUGAGGCUCUAUGGAAACAAGUGACCACAAUCCCAGACUGGGUGGAUUGGGAGCAAAUCGACAGAGGCCAGAGAGUCUACUACCGAUACGGUCAGCCAAUGACUAUUGCGCUUACUUUUCAGAGCCUGCUCGGUGGGAUGGGGGCUGGCAAGAUUGUGGAAACCCUCAGCCGCACAGGAGGGUUUUCUGCCAAAGUUGUUCGUCACCGGCUUCUAGAAACUUUCCAACAUACGCUACAAGUUUCUCAAUCUUUGGAGUCCAUUCGCCCUGGAGGUGCCGGUCACGCUUCAACCAUUCGCGUGCGACUACUACAUGCCGCUGUGAGAAACCGCAUCCUAAAGCUAUCUAGCAAACGACCAACAUAUUACGACGUUGAGAAAUUAGGUAUCCCAAUAAAUGACCUUGAUUGCAUUGGGACAAUCUGCUCUUUUGCGCCCACCGUUAUUUGGAUCGGUCUUCCACGUCAGGGAAUCUACCUGAGCGAGCAAGAGACCACUGAUUACAUUGCGCUAUGGCGCUUAGUAGCUUGGUAUAUCGGAACACCUACCGAAUGGUUUGAGUCUCCAGAAAAGGCGAGAGGAAUCAUGGAGUCAAUUCUAGUGGCCGAGGUGCAUCCAACGCGGAUGAGUGGUGUGCUGGCCCGCAAUAUUAUUCUUGGGUUGGAGAAAACGCCCCCCUUGUACGCGUCCAGAGGUGUACUCGAAGCCAUGACUCGACAGCUUAUCGGAACCGAGUUGGCCAAUGCUUUGGGUAUUGGACAUCCAAGUCCCUUUGCCUGGGCAUUUGCUGCCUGGGUGUUUUUAUAUGGUAUUUUAUGGAGCUUUAUAUGUCGGGCGAUGCCGUUUGUGGAUUCAACACACAUCAAGUCUUCUCGCACUCAGUUCUGGAAGGUGUUAAUGGAUGUAAAAACGGGACUAGGAAAGGAGACUAGUUUUGAUUUCAAGUAUAUUCCACAAGAUGAAAAGAAAUAG